AUGUUGUUAAACAAUUUUAUUGUUGAGGAACGUUACAGCGCAUGGCAGAAGAAAAGGGUUCGAACAAUCAUCGUUAACAGCCGCUCACGGUUGGCUGCUCACCGCAGCAUCACGGGAGCUUUGGCUAUAGCGAAGCCGUACGAACGUAUUGAGUUGGUGGGUGGUGAGUACUUCGAGUCGCUAUUGAUCAGUGCCCCUAUUGAAAUUGUGGCUGCGGACGGCGAGGAACCAGUUGUCUCCUCCCGUGGUUCCUGUAUUACCAUCACACGAGAUGUUGAGGCGUAUUUUGAACAGGUAACAUUUGUGUCAAAAUCAAGAAGUAAACUGGAGUCCGCAGUGGCUAUUCUCAACGGAAGAUCCGUUUUCUUCCGCUGCAACAUGAACUCUGUUCUGAUAGGUGGAUGGGCGCGCCCGUAUAUUGAAAACUGCACAAUUGCUGAGAGUCACAACGGUUAUGGAGUACAAAUUGGUGACAGCGCGGGUGCUGACAUUUGGCAAUCGGCAAUCCAUUCACACCAAAUAGCAUGUAUGGAGAUUGAUACGAGGGGUAUAGUUAACGUGCGUGAUAAUACAAUUCAUCAGUCAUCUAAUUUGGGGAACGCUGUCGUCGUCAAGGCAAUUAAUAGCAUCGCGGACGAAACCACUCCGCCAGAGUUCCUUGCAUGCCGUCGAGUAGUAGUGACAAAAUGCCGCAUUUACAUCAGCCCUGACUCUUAUGUUCCAAAAGACCGCGACAUGAGCUCACUGGAAACUCCAACGCAACCGUGUAGUUGUGUGUUGAUAUCACGGGGUGCGUGCCCAACAUUUUCCUUCAACGAACUGACCCAAGGAAACAUCGGGUUUACAUUCGAUGGUGCUGGUUCUGCUGUGCUAGAGGGAAAUUGCAUAUACAAGCAGAAGAUAUGUGGUAUUCUUGCUAUUGUGGAUGACACUAACUUCUCUCCAGACUCAAAAUCAAGGGGUCUACGCAUUACCGGAGGUAAUCGAAUUGACCGCUGUUACGUCGGGAUAGACGUGCAUUGCUCCGCAAAAGCUGCAAUGGCCGCGGGAGUGAGCCAACAAAACCUCAUUCCGCUGGAACUGCCAUCGAGUCGUAGGGCAUUCACGUGGUUCAGGGGGAAGGAUAGUGGCAAAGUUGUGGCUCCCCCUUCGGACAAGGAUAAUUUUGAUGAUAACCACACUUUUGUAGUACAUGGUCAGCCAAAAACAAUGAAGCAACUGACAAAUGAACUGAGAGAGUUGGCCACUAUGGUGUGUGCCGGGCAUAUUAAGCACUUUACUUCGGCCACUGUUGCAGACACACGUUACGGCGUUGCCACGAGCCUUAACCAACUGGGAGAACUCUUGGAAGAGAUGUUAAACAUCACAAUUCCUCCACCUAACAUUUCAGAACGUGCGGCUAAACUAUUGGAGCUACGACGAACAGAUGGAGUUGAGAUUCGAGACACGAGGUUCUCCAGUUGUGGCCUCUGUGCUAUUCGGUUCGGCAGCAGCUCCUAUGGCGUAGUGGAAGAUUGUAGUUUUGUUUCCUGCGGUGCAACGUGUAUUGUGGUGUGUAGUGCGGCUCACCCUCUGAUUAUUGGAUGUAGGUUUGAGCACGCAAAAGGUGUCGCCAUUUACAUGGACAACUUCGCCAACCCUCUUAUCAUGGGUAACGAAAUCAUAGGAAAUGCGGAGAAUGGCGUGGAAUGGCGAAAUAUUUCUCGCGGGAUCUUGAUGGGAAAUGCCAUCGUCGGAAGUACUGUCAACGGUUUGUUAUUGACCGGUGGGUGCAGUGCCAUUGUUGCAGCUAAUUCGAUUCAAUGCAAUAACGCAGCGGGAGUAGAGGUAGCGGAGGGGAGUAAACCGUUUAUUCUUCUUAACAAAUUAAUAGGAAAUAGGACAGCACAAAUCCUUUCCUCAGGAUACUCAGCACCCGUUAUUGCCCAUAAUAGAAUUACCAGCGGUAGAAACAUUGGUAUACACUUUCUUUCGUGUAGCGGUGGCACCGCUUUGGAUAAUGCAAUCGCCCAGAACGAGCGUGGUAUUGUGGUAGAGUUGGGUGCAGAUCCCUACGUGUAUGAUAACAAAAUUAUGAGCUCGAACCGUUAUGGAGUAGUAGUAGAAAACAAUGGCCUCGGAACAUUUGUGGAAAAUACAAUCACGCAAAGUGGGAUGUGCAACAUUCUCAUUAAGGAGGGUGGUUGCCCGGUGUUGCGCAAGAAUUCCAUCAAGUUCGCCAACUCUGGUGGUUUGGUGAUCGUGAACGAAGGAUCCGCCACUGUUGAAUACAACACAAUUUCCGGUAACCAGGUGGCUAAUGUCAUUUUACUGGACCGGUACACUGAUCCCACACUUACAGGUAACACAAUAUCUGCCUCAUGUAGUGGGGGUGGUAUUCUCUGCGGGCGCAUGUCCAGUGGAAAAUUCAGCCGCAACAUCAUUACGGAGAACAAGCAAUAUGGUAUCUGUAUCAUCGAGAAGGCGGAGCCCGAUAUCACCAAGAACGUCAUUAUGGGAGAACAAAAUGGUAUCAUCGUCUCUGAUGAGGGGCGCGGUUCGAUUCGAGAAAAUUCCAUUCAUUCCUGCGGCAACGCUGGUGUUCUCAUACAAGCAAACGGUGAUCCGUUUGUAGAAAACAACAAAAUAUGUCGCUCCGCGGGUUGUGGUUUGGUGGUGACGAGUGACGGGAAGGGGAAGGUUAUUGGCAACGAGUUUUUCGAAAACGAUGUGGGACUGCAGUGUGGCUCCAGUGCGGGAAACACAACGCUAGAUGUUGAUGAAAAUUUCACAACGAAGAGCCCUGGAGCAGCCGUAGCACGGACACGUAGGUCCGCCCUGGUGAGCAAACGUUCAUUUGCUGGCAAACGGCAGCAUAUUCAGUCAACAUCUACCGCAAAUCCACAUGCCCUUGUGCGGUGCAACAAAAUAUACGGUAACACUACGUGUGGCGUGCUGUUGGAAUGUGGGAUCUCCGCUGUGUUGGAAGAGAAUGAGAUCUACUCCAACGUGGAGUUUGGCAUCUUAGCGGAUAGCAGGUACUGCGCGCGGCGCCUCCACGGAAAGCUGAAGGGUAUUGUUUUUGAGGGUUUCAAGUUGCCGCGGUUACGGUCCACGGGUUUGGUAACUGUCAUUCGUAACAAUCGCAUAAUUGAUCAACGCCACACCAACAUUGCGUUUGUGGAUUUCUCUGAUGGUGAUGCUGCAAUUGUCCAAAAUCAAAUAAGCGGUGCUCCGGUGGGCAUUUAUGUAGGGAACAACUCUACAGUUAAAACAGUAGAGGGCAACGUCAUUGAAAACUGUGAUGACGGUGUGUACGCCGAAAGCGGGGGUUGCGGAAACUUUGUGGACAACACCAUCCGCGACUGUACGGGAACUGGGGUAUACGUGUCUGACGAAGCGAACCCACAAUUUUGUGGCGGGAAUGUAAUCGAGCGAUGCCGCAUCAGUGGUGUAUUUGUUGACGCUGGCGGUAAAGGUCUCUUUAAGGAAGCAAGUAUACGCAACUGUGUUGUGGGUGUUGUGGCGUACACAUCACCACCUCUCUGCCACGCGGCUGGGAGGGACACCGCGGGUAAACCUAUUGUUACAUCUUCACCAGCAGUCGAGCAGUGUGUAAUUGAGCGAAAUUAUUUGCACGGAAUUUUUCUUUGCACUGUUCUCAGUGGUCUUCCUCUUCGACAAGAAUCGUGGGGUUCCGGUAAGGAAUACACGAAAUCUACGAAACUAAUGACUAGCACGGAGACGCGUACUUUUCCAAUUUUCCGAGGUAAUACGAUUCGAAAUAAUCGGCAUUUUGGUGUGUGUCAUGAGCUGUACUCUCUUGAUGGGCGUUUGGAAGAAUCAAGAGGAAGUGACUUCAGUGAAAGGACGGGGGGAACGUGUGCGGCGGAUAGUUUUGGGGCGCAUGUCGGACGCGCGUUUCAGAGGGGCACUACAUCAUCAAGAACACCUUCACCGAGGUCGUUACAAUUUUCAUACAGGGACGGGGUGAGCUCGUCUUCUGAGCAGGAUGUGGAGUGGCACUUCCCUGAACGGAUGCAACGGCAGGCAAGCUUUGUGGAAAAUGACAUCAGUAAUUGCUCCAUUGGUGUUGUUGUUGGCAGCAGUUGUAACCCCUUCCUGCUCAACAAUAACAUUCACAACAACGAUUUUCUAGGUAUAUUGCUUCGGCGAGGUGCACAGGCGAUGAGUUAUGGGUGCAAAGUGCUCAACAACGGUUGGGUUGGGUUGUACGCCGCUCCACGUUCUUCUGGUGCCUUUACAUCCGGCGAAAUCCGAGGAAACAAUGGUUUCUGCCGGCCUGACACCAAACCCACUGACACUCGGUGUUUCACAACUUUUUCCUUUACGGAGGCUGCUACCCCUUUACCACCUUCCUUCAAGACGUCCUACGAUUUACGCAGCAGUAUGUAUGGGGAUCUUUUGAUGAUGUUGAGCGACUACGGGGACACAGUCGCCAGCGCGCUGGUUAUGCUUUGCGAAGUUGUGUCACUUUCAUCAGCAAGCCUUUCCCUUGCAGGUACCGUCGUUCCAUAUGGCUCUCUUGACAGUUGUCACUCGCAUAGCGGCGGCUCGCUGUUGGAGCAGUACGAUCGAGCGUGGGCGGCAGAUGGGGGCAUUGGUGUAUGGAUUGCAUUGGGAAGCAUGACCGAAGUUUCUGAUAGCGUGGUGGAGGGCAACCAGAAUGUUGGUGUAUUCUUCUCUCGCGGAGUAGAACACCAGCUGAAAAACAUGUUAAAUGGCGUUUUGACACGGGAAUAUGAGCUUCCGGAGGUUCCUGGAGCCGAGGUCAUCACAGGUGGGCCAGCUGGGCCUGGCUCCACUCGCCCACGCUGGUUGCUGUUUACUUCUGAGAGUAUUCGCGGCUGUUCAAAUCUAGCAUCGGCAGAACUAACGAUGACGUGCAAUGGUUUUGGGACGGAAGCGGGGAAAGAACCCAACCCAGCGGCCUCUCUCACCUCGGUGCGGACAGAGCUGGAUGACUGGUGCGGUGAGCCACCAUUGGUGCUUCCCCGACCGCCAAUAGUGCGACGUAACCAAAUCCUUAGAAACGGGUAUGGAAUAAUUAUUCAUCUACACCAAACGCUCAGAGCAGAGGGGAAACAAGAAGUACAGGGAGUCGCUGAUGAGGGUACCCCGCGUGCGAGCGGAAAGGACAAGCAAAAACGAAGAGGUUCCGUUGGUGGAAGGAGAGCGAGUAUAGUAGGCGCAGCACCUUUACCUGGAAUACGGCGAAGAAGGAAUUCCAUGUUUCGUAAAGGGAAAAAAGUUGAAGAAGAAACCCCACCCGCCACCCCUUCUGAUGUGGUUAAUCCAUGGGCAGAUGUACUACCACCGCACGCUCUUAGUGAAAAGUCGACGCCAGAGUUCACCAUAUGCGUGCAGGAAAACAGGAUUUUCGAAAACUUCACCGUUGGUGUUGUCUGCCAGCACGUUUUGGAAUUAAUGUGUGGUCGUUUUGUAAAGACACGCCACGAAAUCGGAGUUGCCGCUGACAGAUACGAUAGUGUGUGCGUCAUGAUUACUCUCAAGAAUCAAUCAGCAUUGCCAGAGAAGCUGUUUACACUAGAAACUCAAGAGAGAUUGGUGCACCAUGCUCAGAUAAUGAAAAAUGAUAUAUACAAGAAUGUGAGGGAACAGGUGCAGGUGACAUCACGCUACGUUGCUGUCACUGGUGACAAGGAGCGAACCCUGCUACAGAUCGAUACUCUGCGACGACCAUUUGCGUCUGUGUGCUCCUCUUGUGCACUCUUACGCAUACCGCUGUUUACUUCACUAAUUGGCGCCACGUCCCCUGGUUGCUUCUACCUUGAAAAUAACACAAUACACGACUGCUCGAUGGGUAUUCACCUAAUCGGUGUACUGGGAGCAAAAUCCACAUGCUUGCGCCGGAACGUGUUUUAUGACAUUGCAGAUAUUUCGGUUCACGUUGAGGGUCAUCUAUCGUCAGCAACUAUCGGAUACGGCAAUAUAUUUGAGAGGAACGGCAUCAGUGUAUUGGUCGCAAUGCCUGAGGAUGAGUGUACGGAAGAAGAAAGACAAUGGCAACAAUUCAUAGGCGUAACGACACGCAUUUGCGGUAAUAAAUUUUCCUCGCCUGUUAGUGUCUCACUAGCCUUCAGGGGGGGCGGCGGACCUGGUCCUGUUGUGGGAGGAAAUAAGUUUGCGAAUCAUCAGUACGGCCGCGUUGUCUUCUUCUGCGAUUCUUCUUCGGGGUCUACGAUACGGGGAAACGUUUUUCAAAACAACUACGCGCCACUCAUUGUUACAGGCACUGAGGGCCGCGAAGACGAUGGAAAACGUACUAUUAUUGAAAACAAUCUCUUCUCACAGAACUACAUCGGACUACUUCUGUGCAACGGUGCUGCAGCGCAGGUUGCGCGUAACGUUUUUGAAGACAAUUUUCGUUCUGGAAUAGAAAUUAUCGGGAAGGGAACAAAUCCCUUGGUGAAGCAAUGCUUGUUCGUCAUGACCAAGGAUUUACUGUCACUCUCAGGUGCUAGAGAGCAAUUUAUCUAUCCAAGCGACGGAGUUCUGCGCGUGGACGGUUGGCCUCAGUUUUCUGUCACUCUUUACCCAGACAACGUCAUCACACACGGUGACGUUAGUAGGCGUUUAUCUUCUGGCGUCCUUAUCGAGUGCGAAAGCGGUGGGACGAUUGAAAACUGCUUCUUCAAAGGAAACCAGAUCGGUGUAGAUUGCAUUCGCGGUGCUUCUCUAGGAGUGGAAAACAUCGUAUACACUUCUGAAUCUGAACUUCUCGGUCCUCGAUUCCUCAAUUGCUUGUUCCUACAGAACACGAUUGCAGGGGUUUGGCUUCGCGGUGCGCACGCCGAAGUGGGGGUUCCUCAGAGUUUUAACGGCCGUCGGCGCCGUUCCCAAACGCACCCCAAGGCCUCAAGUUUCGAUCAUUGUUUUUUCAUAAAUAAUACAGCAACCAUGGACGAAUACGGAGAUGUUGUUGCCACGGAUGAUGGUUAUGCCACAUUUAGCAAUAGUAUGUUCACCGGUUGCAUUCACGGUAAAAGAGGGUCAAUGGGUUCAUUUGAGCGCAACAUUUUCUCCUGUGGUGGGAAGGUGGACACUGCGGUGAUCCUGCACAGGGGAACGCGUAUGGAAAUGCGUGAUAAUACUAUAUCCGGGUACAGGAGAUCCAUUAUUACGCACACGGGGGCGUGGGGACGGCUUGAGAAGAACUGGAUCUUGGGUGCUUCGCGUUGUGUUAUCUCAGCACCGUUCUGCAACACACUAUUUACUGGGAACCGCAUACUAGGAGCGAAGGAGUGUGGCGUCUUUGCCUAUGGUGGCGUUUUCGUAAGUAAUGAGAUUAUGAGAUGCCAAACAGGCGUGGUUAUACGCAAUCCUGCAGAGUAUAAGAAUUAUCACGUCAUCCCUUCUGUCGACAAGGGAACUCACUCUUUGUUGUUCUCUGAGAACAAGGUCCACACCUGCGAAGUUUGUGGUAUAUUUGUUGCUGGCGGGGGGCGCGUAGAAGGGAACGUAGUCUCUAACAACAAAGUGAAUAUAACUGUCACUUGUGGAACAAAGGCUGCUCAGGGAAGCGAUAUCUGCCACAUCUUUCAGAAUGCGGUUUUUGACGGUGGGGUUGGUCUCCAACUAAUGAACAGAUCCGAUGCCCUCGUCGAAGGUAACAAUAUUUUUGACAACAGCACAUACGCAGUACUGAUGAAAAAGGGUGCGAGAGGCAGACUAAUGAACAACAACAUAUCUAGCCACCUCAAUGAGGGCGCAUUGGCUGUAGACGAGGGGAGUGAAACAAAGCUACUCUCAAACACGGUGCGAAACCAGUUUUCUCCCGUUUAUAAUAAGCUCCUGGGGCCGCAGCGCAUGAGGGAAAGGCAAAAUGCUGCCGAUGUCUUGAAGACGGAGUUGCAUGAGCUGGAGCAACGUGGGUCCGAAUAUGCAACAAAGUGUGCCGCGCUACAGGAGGAAAUGCGAAGCGUAUUCCAUCGCUUAAGGGAAAGCUGCUGCGAAAGUGACGGUAGCAAGAUGAAUAUUGGAACACUUCUUGGAAAUUCGUUUCAGAAGGCAUUAUGUGCAGACGAGGACGAGAAGGACGCCCUUAAAUUGCCUGCACUGGAUGUCCGAACCCUUUCUACAGAGGAUUCUACCGCUCCUAAUGACAAAGAAAAAUCUCCCACCACACCUUCCAUGUUGUCAUCAACAGUUCGUGCCAGCACUUCGUCAGUGAAGGAUGGAGGAAACAAAGAUUCUUAUAAUAUCCACAUCCAUCUUGUGCAUACCGCAUAUGACGAGAGUGAGUGCGAACAAGUGUGCAACGAGGUACAAUCUGUUUUUGAUUCGCUCUCACUUUCACUGCAACUACCGCUACGCGUCCUCACCACGACUAACUCCUCGGCAUUUCCUGCAAACUGGCCCUCGAAGCAGCUCAAAAUAUUUGUCGUUGUGGUUGGUAACAUUACUAAUGAUGAUUCCCUUGAGGACGAUGUCAAGCUGGUGCGUGCGCUCCGGUUCCCGAAGACCUUAGCGGGUAACGAAGAAAUCCCUGAGGAGAUGAGUGAUGUUCUCAUUAUUUCCAUCAUAUCGGAGGAGUUUCAGGAGCAUGCAGACGUGCUGCGCACCACAACAUCCGGGUUUCCUUUGGCUGUGCAACUCCAAGAUCUGUUGUCCCACAGCAAUCCCAUGCACUACGUUUCAGGCGUUUCGGAAUGCCUUGAGGAAUUGCACCGAAGAGCAGAGUCAUAUCUCCUGAAUGCUGCGAAUUCAGAUAAAUCUGAUGAUUACUUCACCAAUGACCCAGAAGAAGAACAGAGUUCCCGUUACUCAGCUGACACGCAUGAUGGUCACAAGACUGGUGCCUCUCCGAGGGGAUCUGAGUGGCGGGGUACUUCGCCAAUGCUGGAAUCGAAGGAAGAUGAAUGGCAGCGCCUCCCGGUGUUUGGGGAAAAAUUAAACGCGUAUAUGUCAUUUGAUUUAAUUAGGAAGAAGGUGAGCCACUCAAAUACAUCCGUUCUGCUACCAAAUGUUAGGUGA